CUUAAACAACCUCUCUCAUCAUUUCCCCUUCUUUCUCACACUCUGUUCUUCCAACUCCCUUUCCAUCCAAAAUUACAAUUUCAUCAUUUCCCUGUAAUUGUUUAAUCAGAUUCAGCAGAAAGAUCUGAUCUUUAGAAGUAAAAAAUCUGAUCAGAGAUGGAUGAAGAGUAUGAUGUGAUCGUUCUGGGCACCGGUCUCAAGGAAUGCAUUCUAAGUGGGCUUCUCUCCGUUGAUGGACUCAAAGUACUGCACAUGGACAAAAAUGACUACUAUGGAGGAGCAUCUAGCUCGCUUAGUUUAAAUCAGCUUUGGAAGCGUUUUAGAGGUGACGGUGAGCCCCCUGAACAGUUGGGCUCAAGCAAGGAGUAUAAUGUUGACAUGAUCCCCAAGUUCAUGAUGGCUAAUGGAGCUCUUGUCCGUGUACUCAUCCAUACUAAUGUCACCAAGUAUCUAAACUUUAAGGCUGUUGAUGGCAGUUUUGUGUAUAACAAAGGGAAGAUAUAUAAAGUCCCUGCAACUGAUGUGGAGGCGCUAACAUCUUCGCUGAUGGGACUGUUUGAGAAGCGCCGUCUCAGGAAAUUCUUCAUUUUUGUCCAAGAAUUUGAGGAGAGCAAUCCUAAAAGUCAUGAAGGAAUGGAUUUGAACGCGAUCACUGCAAAGGAACUUAUCUCGAAAUAUGAACUUGAAGAUGAUACAAUUGAUUUUAUUGGUCAUGCCCUGGCUCUUCACAUUGAUGAUACUUAUUUGAACCAGCCUGCCAUGUUUUUUGUGAAGAGAGUGAAGUUAUAUGCAGAGUCUUUGGCCCGCUUUCGAGCAGGAUCUCCUUACAUUUAUCCAUUGUAUGGACUUGGAGAAUUGCCUCAGGCAUUUGCACGUCUCAGUGCCGUUUAUGGGGGUACAUAUAUGCUAAACAAGCCCCAGUGCAAGGUGGAGUUUGAUUCAGAUGGAAAAGCUAUUGGCGUGACGUCUGAAGGAGAAACUGCCAAGUGCAAGAAAGUUGUUUGUGAUCCAUCAUAUCUAUCUGAAAAGGUCAAGAAGGUUGGAAGAGUUGCCCGUGCUAUAUGCAUAAUGAGCCAUCCAAUUCCCGACACGAAUGAUUCUCACUCAUGUCAGGUCAUUCUGCCACAGAAGCAGCUUGGUCGUAAAUCUGAUAUGUAUCUAUUCUGUUGCUCAUAUGCUCACAAUGUUGCUCCAAAGGGAAAGUAUAUUGCGUUUGUUGCAACAGAAGCUGAGACAGAUGAUCCACAAACUGAACUAAAACCGGGAGUAGACCUGCUUGGAGCUGUGGAUGAGAUAUUCUAUGAAACUUAUGACAGAUUUGAACCCACAAACGAUCCUAAUGUCGACCAUUGUUAUGUAACUGCUAGUUAUGAUGGAACAACACAUUUUGAAUCCACGGUAACUGAUGUAAUAGCAAUGUACAGCAAGAUAACUGGGAAGGCUCUUGAUCUGUCUGUGGACUUGAGUGCCGCCAGUGCUGCUGCUGCUGAAUAAUCUCUAUUCUGCAAUGUUUGAACUUCAAUCAGGAUGAGCAUUUUAGCCUGAGGAAGUUGAUAAAAGUUUUGUUCAUCAAUAGAUUCAUUGUUUCAUUUUUGUUCUCCAAUUUGGGCUGGUCCAUCUUUUAGAUAUUUGGUUUUCACGUACUUAUCUAAAGAUUCAUUGAGCUCCUCAUUCAGGAUUUUGAUUAGUCAGAAUGUUAGAAAGUAUUCAUUAUUGUCUAAAACUCGAGAAUUGUGUUUGCUCAGUUCACAAAUUGAGUUGUUAUUCGUGUAACCUCAUGAGCGUAAGAGCAUCCGCAGUGCUGCGUAACUGGCAUUGAAAGUUGGGCCAGUUACGCGCACUUUUACUCCACACCAUUGUGGAGAGUAUUGUGUGUAUAGGGACUUCUCUGUGUGUUAUGCGACUUUUUCUGAAAAAAGUGAGUUAGAGAUGAGUCGCUUCAUAAAUGUGUCCAAUGCUAAUUUUUGUGGAACUAACAUGUGAUCUGGUUACAAUAUACACUGG